AUGAAUAAUUUAACAGCGUUUCAAGAAGUUGAUUUUACUUCUUCGACAAAUUCAUUUGAAAAUAUUCAAUAUAAUAUAGACUCGGCACCUAUACUAGUUCAAGAUGAAAAAUUGAAAUAUCAAAAAGAGUUGGCAGAACUAUCUUUUUGUGAAUAUAAAUCAUUUAGUAAUGCAAGUAAUCAUUUGCAAGUAAUAAAUAAUUCGCUUGAAAAUUUAUCUUCACAUCUAGAGAACUUAAUUUCUAAAACUCCUAAUUUUCAAAAUCAUUGUAAUACUUUUCUAGAACAAUCAAAACAAUUCACACAGCAAAAUAACAAGAUUAAUACAAUUCUUGAAAAUCAUACUAAUUUAUUAGAAAUCAUAGAAAUUCCUAAAUUGAUGGACGUUUGUUUCAAGAAUGAACUUUACUCCGAGGCAAUGGAUCUUUCAGUGCAUGUAACAAGAUUAGUCUCAAAAUAUCCAUCAAUUCCUCUCAUUCAACAAAUUGAUAAUGACGUUAAAAACACAAUACAACAGAUGUUGACAAAACUUACCAAGUUAUUAAGUCAACAGAUCAAACUUCCUGUUUGUUUAAAAAUUAUUGGAUACUUGAGACGCAUGGAUAUGUUUGAUGAGCCUGAGUUACGUCUUGUUUUUCUACUUUCUAGAGAUACUUAUUUGCAAUCUUUGAUUAGCGAAUUGGAUGUAGAAAAGAAAGAUCCUAUAUUUUAUUUAAAAAAAUAUAUUGAUGUGUUUAGAGAACAUUUUUUUGAUACGAUAACACAAUAUCGUGCCAUAUUUUCCGAGGAUAGCAGAGGUGGUGGUGUAUAUCCCACAACACCGACCCAAUCCUCAUUCUCGAUACCUUCAACACCUUCAUCACCCUGGGCUUCAUCACCUUGGAUCUCAUCACCAUUAAUAAAACAAUUAGCCGCAGUUCUAGCCGAAUUUACAGCUCAAAUAUCUGACACCUCGUCACUAUCCUCAAUACUUACACAAUUGAUGUAUUGUGGAAUGUCGUUGGGUAGAGUUGGCGUUGAUUUUCGUCAUCUUGUGUCGGGAUAUUUUGAGAGUUCUGUUGAUAGAAUUAUCAAAAAAAUGAUUUUUGAGGCUACUCAAGAUUUCUUGGAUGAUUUGAAACAAGCAAUGAAAAAUGUUGAUUUGCCAAGCUUGUGGAUGAUAAGUGACAAGAAAUUCACAAACUAUCCACCUAUUGCAUACCUUACGAAUUCUUAUUUGUCGACUUUUAAUUCUUUACGUCUAGUUGCACCAGUUUCAUUAUUUAAACCACUUGGUAAAUUUAUCAAUCAGAAUUUUUUAUCCAUUGCAGAAUCACUAAGAGAUUAUGGAAAUUUGCUUGUUGAACAUAAACACGAUACCACGAUUUUACAGGGAUUCAAUGCAACAUUUGCUCAAAGUUUUGUACCAUUUAUCUCUAGAUGUUAUAUAGAUGGAGUUUACGUUAACAAUAAUAAUAGAAAAGAGGGAGAAGACGAUGAUAAUAACAAAUCGUAA